CAACCCUAAUAAACCUGCAAUUCUUUUCAUCUUUUAUUUAUGAAUCUCAUCGCUAUUCUUAUACUUACUCAGAUACCCAUUACUGGUUUCGCAGUUUCCCUUGGUGGGUAUCUCUUAUUUCAAUAUAAAUUGCAGUGUUGAAGAAGAGAUAUUGGUAUCUCUCUUGAAAAAACUUGUUGGGUUGAGUGAUUGAAAGGAAAGGAAAGGAAAGGAAAGGAAAUGAUGGUGGGAGCUUUAUCAAUCGUGGGUUCGGCGGUUAUCGACUCCCACACCUGUCCAUGUCUUUGUUUGGAUUCUCUUUCAUCAUCUGAUAUGAAGUUUAAGAGUGCAGGGGAUAUUGGUUUGUAUAGAAAUUUCGUGAGAAGGAAGCAAUUCAAAAGGCAUGGAUCUUUGGAGCUGAGCAGCUCAUUCGUGGAUUCAUGGCAAGAAUGGCGUCUCUCUGCGAAAGUACUUUCACGAUUUGUUAAUGACCAGCAUUCAAGGAAACAGAACAAGGGCCAAAGUCUUGUUAUAGUCAGUGAAGUGGCAGGGCAAUACGAAGAUAGCUUUGAUGAUGUUAAAACGCAAAUACUCAACUAUUUCACAUAUAAAGCUGUAAGGACUGUUCUUAACCAGCUUUACGAGAUGAACCCAACACAGUACAGGUGGUUUUAUGAUUUUGUGGCAACAAAUCAACCUGGAGAUGGAAAGCGUUUUAUUCGUAACCUUGGAAAGGAGAAGCACGAACUCGCUGAAAGGGUGAUGGUAACUCGCCUUCACCUGUAUGGUAAAUGGGCCAAGAAAUGUGACCAUGCUGCAAUAUAUAAAGAAAUCUCUGAUCAGAACUUGGAAUUGAUGCGUGAGCGGCUCAUUGAAACUGUUAUAUGGCCAUCAGAUGACACAAAUACAGAAAAGAUUGGCUGAUGGGUUAACCCUUGAUCUCGGCUUUCAUGUGCUGUUCUCAAUUUGUUGUUCUUAAUGAAUCAGCAUAUCUUUCUCUAUGUUCAACCAGAUGGGUCCCCAAAGGCUUCCAUUUUGAUUAUUUUCCAUGUCCAAAGGGAGAAAUGCUGUAAUCUGUAUUCUUGCAUGUGUAUAUAUAUACUUAUAGAUAGAAAGUUUGGUUCAAUGUUUAAACAAUACAGAGCAAACA